GUCAGCUUUUCUCUGGACGACCCUUUCUUCGUGCUCCCACCACUGUACUUUGAAGAAUCACUUUUGAUGAGUCAAUGUCGUAAAAAUACUAGACUACAAGUGGAGCAGUAGAAAAAAAAAAACAUGAACUUACCAUCAAGCAUAGCGUUCCUGAAGAUGGUCAACAAAAUGGCAACUCUGUGGCUCUUAUGUUUCUACUUCUCGUUCAGUGAUGCCGAAACUUUUUAUAGAUAUUUAAAUUCCUAUGGAAACUGCGGAGGUCAACCCAUGAUUGUGGACGUUAAUGAUAUCUACAGCCUGAAAGCUGAUGCCCAGCCAGGUACAGCGACUCAAAGCUCCUUGGCUGGCUGUGAGAUGGUGUUUCGCUCAAAACAAGAGGAUGCCAGAUUGUGUGUGAUACAGGAUGGCCCAUUGAACACAAUUGAUGACCCCAAUGCAGAAUUAACUGUUGCAGAUGGGUAUGGAGAUAAGCCGAGUACUUUUAUUACUUUAAAAUAUAGUCCCAGCAAGUGGCACAAAAGAGAGUACUGCACUACUUCCCAGUUCAUCACUGUCAAACUCCAUAGGAUCAAUAACAAUGUACCGAUAGCCAUUUCAAAGCUUCACAUUGACCUUAAGAUAGUUAACAUUGAAAGUAGGCACAGAAAAAUUUACAUGCAGGAGCAUUACUGCAGCGGGGAUUAUGACCUAGAUAAUAGCAUUGUACGUGUUUAUAACAAAUUUCCCUCUGCCGAGGCGAUGGUAGGUGAUAGCACCUGCGGAGUGAAUCUGAAGAAACGAAGUGACGAAGAGACAAGAAUUUGUUUGGUGUACACCCCCCCUAAUAGACUCCACUCAGACUAUGAGUGGCUGUUUGCUGUGUCUAAUCAGCCCUACUCUCUCUACGAAAAGAAUGUUCUUUACAAACUGGAAUGGAAUGACACCAGAAUAAAUACCAGACACACCUGGUGUGCCAGCAACCAGACAUCACAGGUCAUGCUUAUAUUUAAGAGGCACAACUCCAGCCAGACUGAACCCCCCGAGGCUUUAGGUUUUUACUUUGCCGAUUUUGCUGGUACGGAAGAGGAGCUUCUGGAGCUUGUCAAGAGUGAUGAGCCCAGUACCAGCUCUGAUGUUGAUCUACGUGUUGUUGUAGCUGUAGUGGUAGUUACAAGUUUUGCCGUUUUCGCCGUCAUCCUAGUUGUGGUCAUGUACAAGAAAAAUAUGUUUCGAAAUGUUUGCCACAGCGAUUAUGUCCCCACCCACAAUCCAGUCAAUAACUGUUGACAGUCGAGUGUGUUUUUACCCAAUGCUUUUACAUUGGAUCUUUAUACCUUAAGAAUUAAACUCAAAGCUUUCUCAUUUGAUUUAGUUAAACAAAGAAAACAUAAUGUCUCGGUAGAUUGUGUGGACACAUUGGUUGUAUGGACACAGUGGUUGUAUGCGCGCAGUGGUUGGAUCUUAAAAUAAUUAAUUACAUAAAUUUUUUUUUUAAUCUAUGGAUUAUUACCUAUGUAUCUAUUAUGUUCAAAAUGGCAACCCAUUUUUCAAUUGAUGAUGCAUAAAGUUUAUAAUUCCUUGUGUUUACAAAGACAUUUCUAUUAAAUACAUUAUAUCUAUGUAUAUGUUAAAACUGUAUAGGAAUUAUCUACCCUUAUAAUCCACAAACAUUAAAAUUAAUACAACUGUCAUGAACCAUUUUAAGAAUAAUUGUAAUCAAUUUGAGUUUCCACGAGUUGUUCCCUUUUUAAUUAACACUACAAAAAAAUAAUUAAUUAAUAACGAAAAGAUGAAUUUAACUACAGAAUGAAGUUUCAUAUGAUACUUGUUUCUAGCACAUUAUAAAGGCUUCCUGAUCUUGGAAUGGGUUUGCUGGAUCAGCCGGGAAACCAAUUACGAAGUCGAGUCUUAAAUUAACACACAUGACUCACACUUUUAAGACAUAAUUAGCCUCUUCUCGAAUGAAACAUUUGUAAUUUAAAAGAUAAGAUACCCGUUCCAUAUACCAAAAUAAUAGACCAAAAACUAAAAUCCUUGGUUAUGAUUUGUAGAUAGCAUGAUCUUACCACCAUUCUCUUGCUAUACUUAAUAUAGUAAUGAAGAUUCAACUCUAACUUCUCUUUCUAUUCCAGGGGUUCUCAACCUGUGGGUCACGACCCCCUUGGGGGUCUAUUGAGGAUUUGCCAGGGGUCGCCUAAGGCCAAAGAAAUUAUGGAUUGUUAUUGUCUACUCUUCUGUAUGUGUGUUUUUGUGUGUGUGUGUGGGGGGGGUCGCGGCAGAGUAGGGGAUUGUAAAAAGGGUCGCCGAGCUUACAAGGUUGAGAACCGCUGUUCUAUUCUUAUGUCAGCACAGCACCAGAAAUAAGCCUUUGGUUUAUAGUAUCGGCUGUUAACUUGAAUCAGAGCCUUGAUAUUAAUUAAUUUGAUUGGUAUUUGUAUUGGCUCAUUGAUAUUAUUUUAAUCAUUGUUAUCAGCCUUUAAAUAUUCGUUUACAUGUAAACAACUAUCUUUUGCUUUCCAUUGUAUUUGAGUUUCUCUUGUUUACAAAGCCUUAAUAUUUUUUAUUUCAAGAUGAAGAGCAGUUGUCAUGAUUAUUGGUUUCUCUGAUUAUGUCCCCAGGUAGCUAUGUUCCCAACACCUAUUUUCUUAAAUUAUAGCUUUUAUAUAGCGCUACUUUCAUGCUUAUAGUAUGCUCAGAGCGCAGUGGUCCAAUCUCAUUUGUGGACCAGUGAGAGGGGGGUAUCUGGGAGAAGUGUGUUUUUUUUCGUGCUGCCUUUUGGGCACUCAGUAAACAUAACUCUGCUCGAGUCGGGUGUCGCAGGCCCCCUUCAUAAGAAGCCAAGCUCAAGCUCACUUGGCCUCUUGACCACACUUCUUAUGCCAUUAAUUUUUAUAUUCAUUUUUUUGUCACCCCCCCCCCCUCUUUUUUUUUUUAUAAAUAUAUAUAUAUAUUUCUUUCAACUGAAAUCCACAAAGUAAGGUAUAUGAAAUGUGUUCUUUAUUAAUUUUAUUUUGUGUGCACUAGCAGUUUAAAUGGAAGAAAAAAUAUUUUUAAUUGUAGUUUUUAGUAAUGGUUGUAGAUUUGGUUGUAUAACAUAUGUAUUAAUUUUUUAUUUUAUUCUCUUGUGUCAUUUCUUCAUUCCACUAUUUAUAGAACUAUGUCUGUAAAUAAAGUAAAUGCAAUAGACAGUGUUCAGCUGUGGAGUACAUUUAGUACCUUAUAAUUGGUUUUUUGGUUAUUGAAGUAAAUUAAUCUACACAGUUUAGGGUACCAGUAGUUAAAAGUAGGUUGGAUUGGUUGGUGAUAGCCGCAGUGGUAAGCCUGGGAGUUUGGGUGAAUUGUAUUCCUUAAAAGGAAUUUAUCUAAUAGAAAUAUAUAUUUUUUUAAACUUUAUUUUAUUAUUAUCAUUUAUUUUUUUGUAAUUGUCUUCCAUAAACAUAUUAUAUAUUAUAAUGUCCACUAAGACUUGAUUUCAGAAACUCUUGUACAUUGAAUCGAUAUAUUUAUAAUGUUUAGAGUCAUACCCACUAUGUAUUUACAUAUUUGUGAUUAGAAUCUCAACAGCUGAGAACAAUGGUUGUUGUUUUUAUCUGUAUAUCAUUCUUGUGAAAAAUGUUUGUCUUGAUGAAAUAUUAAGAUUUUAAGUUUUUUUUUGUGUGUUUUUUUUUGUUACUAGUAUGAAAGCUUAUACAUUUGUAACAAAGAUUGAAAUUAGGGCAAUAAAAGUAUUUUUAAAAA